AUGAGUAAUCCGAAUAUCCGAACUGACGAAUUUUCUAGCAAUGAUCAAAUUCAAAUUGGAGAUGGUACAUGUUUGAAAAUCACUCAUAUUGGAACUACUUCUAUUUCUAAUUCAUCUUCUACCUUUCUUCUAUUCAAGGGCCUGGUUUUCCAGACUACCGAAAAAUUGCAGCACAUGGGAUUUGUUGGAUCAAAGGCAGAUAACUCAUUAUUCACUCUUCACAAAACUGAUUUUUCUAUCUUCCUCCUUAUAUAUGUUGAUGAUAUAAUCAUCACUGGAACAUGUUCAGCUGAAAUUAAUCUAGUUAUUCAGCAACUGGGCUCUAUUUUUCCAGUGAAAGAUUUAGGCAAACUUUCCUAUUUUCUAGGUGUGGAAGUAUUGUUCGAUGGCCAUGAUCUUUAUUUAUCACAAAGGAAAUAUGUAGCCAACCUGCUACAACGGGUAAACAUGCAUGAAGCCAAGCCUUGUUCUACUCCAAUGAGUACCACUUAUGCUUUAUCUAAAUAUGAUGGCACAGAUUUUUCAAAUCUGCAACUUUAUAGAAGCACGGUUGGUGCUUUACAUUACUUGGAUUUUACUCGUCCAGAUAUUGCUUUUGCAGUGCAUCGUGUUAGCAAAUUCAUGCAUCAACAUAAGAAUAUUCAUUGGCAAGCCGUCAAAUGUAUUAUUCGGUAUCUAAAGUUCACAGUUGGCUAUGCACUUCAUUUCCAUAAUAACUCAGAUCACUCUCUUCAAGGAUUCAGUGAUGCAGACUGGGCUGCCGACAAAGAUGACAGACGUAGUGUUGGAGCCUACUGUAUUUUUCAUGGAUAA